AAACGGGAAUCGAAUCACAUCUUCAAACUUUCGAUUCUUCAAAUAACAAUGGAGUUUCGAUUUCCCUCCCUUUCCAUCCUGCUUUCUUCUUUACUCUUCUUGUAUGUGGUAAUCAAAACAGUAAAGAAAAUGACAAGCACAGAUCCAAACAAGAAGCUGCCGCCAGGGCCAUGGAAACUGCCCGUUAUCGGCAACCUCCACCAGCUCGUGAAAUUCGGGGCACAGCCUCACCAAAUCCUGAGAGAUUUGGCCAAUAAACAUGGACCCUUAAUGCACCUCCAGCUCGGCGAACUCUCCACCGUCGUCGUUUCAUCAGCAGAAAUGGCCAAAGAGAUCAUGAUAACACAUGACGUCGCCUUCGCCGGAAGACCGUACGUGGCCGCUCUGGAUCUGGUCACUUACGGUUUCAGGGACAUCGCCAUGGCACCGUAUGGCAAUUACUGGAGACAAGCACGGAAAAUAUGCACCGUCGAGCUUUUAACAGCCAAAAGAGUGCAGUCCUUCGAAUCAGUGAGACAAGAGCAGGUUUCGGCUCUGGUGAAAUCUAUAUCUUCAAACCAAGGCUCGCCGAUCAAUCUGACGAAACAGAUUUUUUCCUUGACGUAUAGGAUCGCAUCGAGAGCAGCAUUCGGCAACGUAUGCAAAGACCAUGAAGCAUACUCCUCGGUUGUGGAGAAAACAGUAAGGUUGGCUUCUGGGUUCAAGCUUGCAGACAUGUACCCGUCUCUUAAAGCGCUUGAACACAUUAGCGCUCUGAGACAGAAAUCAAAGGCUCUGUUUGAUACAAGCGAUAGGAUACUUCAAGGCAUCAUUGAUGAACACAGAUCUAAUCUGAAGAGAGGUGAAGGAGAAGCCAAGGAAGACUUGGUCACUGUUCUUUUAAAGAUUCAACAACAAGGUGGCCUUGAGUUUCCCUUGACCGACAAUGACCUCAAAGGCAUCAUUUGGGAUAUCUUCGGCGGAGGGGGCGAGACGUCAUCGACUGCCGUAGAUUGGGCCAUGUCGGAAAUGAUGAGAAGUCCAAGGGUGCUAAAGAAGGCACAAAAUGAGGUCAGACAGGUCUGCCAUGGAAAAGGAGAUGUAGAUGAAGCAAGUCUUAAAGAACUAAAAUACCUAUCAUUAGUCAUCAAAGAAACCUUCAGGUUACACCCUCCAUUCCCUCUAUUACUCCCACGGGAGAGUCGAGUGGAUUGUGAAGUCAAAGGCUACCAAGUUCCUUGCAAGACUAAAAUCAUAAUCAACGCAUGGGCUAUAGCAAGAGAUCCCAAGUUCUGGAAUGAGCCUGAAACGUUUAAUCCCGAAAGGUUCCUGAAUAAUUCCACUGAUUUCAAAGGAACGGAUUUGGAGUUUAUCCCAUUCGGUGCAGGAAGAAGGAUGUGUCCGGGUAUAUCAUUUGCGCUUCCUAAUGUUGAAUUACCUCUGGCAAAAUUGCUUUUCCAUUUCGAUUGGGAGCUCCCCAGUGGAAUGAACCAUCAAAAUCUGGACAUGACUGAAAUCUUCGGUGUGACCAUGAGAAGAAAAGAUGAUCUAAUCCUAAUCCCAACCCCGUUUAUCUCCUAAAUAAUAGUGU